AUGGAAAACCCCUCUAACUGCGUGGAGAAGCAUCCAAGAGCUGAAAUUGCUCCACAUCAAGUACUGCCGCCGGCAAAGAGAGUGAAAACCAGUUCAAUGGACUCCAGUUUUCCAGUCCUUCUUCCAGAAGACCCAUGCCUGCGCAUGUCCGACACAGAUUUUGAGAUGCAUGUCUUGAAAGCUCUUCCCGCUCUCGUAGAUGUGGAGAAUGCCGUGGGCGCCAUGCAUAUCAAUGCAGGCGGCGACUCCGACAGGGCGAGUGCGGGAAUCACAGAGCAAAAGACGACUGGCAAUGUCUUCGUCGAUGCCCUUGACCGCGCAGCAACAGACCCCGAUAGCGAAAAGGCCCACAAGGACGAAAUGGCGCGGCAAAACCGUAUGUUAACGACAAACGGGGGGAUGGCGUAUGCGUCAACACAAUCCCCUUUACUAGAACUGUUUAAUCACGUUGGCGGCGGGGAGAACGAUUGUACGGGUAAAGGAUCACUGGGGGAAACACUCAAAAAGGCGUGGCAGAUCGAUGCGUUGAUGGCACUCAAGGUUAUUUGGGCGGUCCGCAGUAUCCAUUUAGGGAAGGGGGAGAGAAAGAUGUUUUAUACGCAUCUAGGUUGGUUGGGGCAGCACCAUCCACGGACACUCUUGCUAAAUUUGAAGUGGCUUUAUAGGCCUGUUGUUAAAAAGGACGCGAAGGAAAGGGAAGGGGAUAAGCAAGUUAUUGUUGGGAAAGUUGAGAAGACGGAGGGUGGGGAUGGGAUGGAGGUUGAUGACUAUGAUGUUACCCAUGGUAGCUCUCAUGGAUAUUGGAAGGAUUUGCUGAAUGUCUUGGUCCUAUCGGCGGAGGAUAAGCUGGAUAUGAGCGAUCCUGAUCAAGUGCUUUUGAGGGAUCAUCGAAUCCCGAAAAAUUCAGACGGCAGUCAGCCACAGAAGGGCAAAGGGGGUGGCCAGGCUAGAAGACAUAGCGGAAGGGGAAGAGCAAAAGCUUCCCAAGAGGGGGAGAAAAAAUCUCCCUUUGAUCUCGAACUUGAACAGAAAGCGGCAUCCAAGGCAGCAAAAGCGCAGCGCCAUGAACACAUCCUCAACCGUCUUGCCACGGACCCCUUUCACCGUGCCCUCCACUUAACUGUUGCCCGCCUCUUCGCCGAGCAACUACGGAAGGAUAUGAUCCUCCUUGAAUCCAGCAAAACGAACAAAGAAGCACUUCGCGAAAUCUCCCUCUGUGCAAAAUGGGCCCCCUCUCUAGAACGCUUUCACGACAAAUAUACCCUCAUCGCCUCCACAAUAGCUGAGCUCCUGUUUUCCGAUUCCGCUCUCGACCCUCAUUCCCACUCCGAAACCACAGGCUACGAGUUAUCUCGAGAGGCUUAUCUCAAGCGUGCUCGUGAACAAUACCGCGCAAAUACCCUUUCCCCACUCCGCAAAGCUCUCGCCAUAGUCGAGCGCGAUAUAUCCGCCAAAACUUUCUCAAACAUCGAGUAUUCCCACGUUCCCUCCCUAGCUAUGAAUCGAUACAAACACCUUUUCAACGAAAACGACGGUCCGCGUUUUAUGGAGUACCUAGGAAAGGUUGGAAUGGGUGAAGCUAAAAUCUCGGGCGCCGUUUUGACCCCUGGUCUACUCGUUAAAACGGUCAUGUCCGCUGAUGGCCGACAGGAGAAUACAUCACUUGAUCGCACCGUCGCGGAUAUGCAAUGGAAGACGCUAGUGCAGCGCAUCAGGGACUCCGGGAACCUUAAUAGUGCUAUGGCUGUCUGCGAUGUGAGUGGCUCUAUGAAUUCGACGUCGUAUCGACGGGACAUCUCACCAUUACACGAUGCCAUCGGCCUAAGUCUUGUUAUGGCUGAGGUGACCCAGCCGCCUUUUGGCGGGCGCAUUAUCACCUUCUCGCGUGACCCAGAGAUACAUAUCAUACAAGGUACGUCCUUGACGGAACGGGUGGAAAAUAUUAGUAGUGCAAGCUGGGGGUACAAUACGGACUUUAUCAAGGUGUUUCGGCAGUUAAUCUUGCCUUUGGCGGUGGAGAAUAAGGUUCCGCCAGAAGACAUGAUCAAGAGGGUGUUUGUGUUUAGCGAUAUGCAAUUUGAUGAGGCAGAGACAGAUACGAGUGGUUGGUGUGAUAAGGUGGAAGGGAAGCUAGGCCUAACUCAUCAGCAGAUUGUGCAGCAGGAGUUUAGGAAGCAUGGGUAUGACGUGCCUGAGUUGAUCUAUUGGAACCUUGCGGGGAAUCCAGGGGCGGUGCCUGUCACGUCUCAGAUGGAGGGUACGGCGCUGGUGAGCGGGCAGAGCCAGGCGUUGAUGAAGUUGUUUUUAGAGGAUGGAGUAUUUGGAGAGGAGCAGGGGCCGGACGUGGUGGAGGGCGAUGGCGAUGGGGAGUGGGGAAUGAUUAACAAAGAAAGGAAGACAAAAAGGAAAGGAGUUGAUCCUAUGAGCAUUCUUCGAAAGCUUGUUGGAAAUGAGGCAUUUGAGAUGUUGAGGGUUGUGGAUUGA